AUGCUGCGCGACGAGGACACCGAGGCGGAUUUCCAGCGCUUCCUGCGGCGCGUGGACGAUGUCACCAAUUUGCUGCAAGGCCUGAAGUCCCCGGACUCGGCUGUGCAGGAAAAAGCCAUUGCUGAGACAGAGAAAAGGCUCCGAGAGCAAGGGGCCAGCAGGGAGGAGGAGGAGGAGGAGGAGGAGAGCAGGACCACGGUGAACAGAACACUCAUCAACACCUCUGGCACGCCGAGGGUGCAGGCAGCAGAUGCAGAUGGCUUCCUGGCAGCUUUGGAACAGGAUGCCAAGGAACGAGCCCAGCGAAGGAGGAGGAAUGAGCAGCUGGCAAACGCCCUGAAGGAGCAGGGCAACGAAGCCUUCAGGGCAGGAGACUUUUCCCUGGCCAUCCAGAGGUACUCAGAGGGGCUGCAGAAGCUGAGGGACAAGCAGGAGCUCUACACAAACAGGGCCCAGGCCUACCUGAAGCUCCAUGAGUAUGAGAAAGCCAUCAGUGACUGUGAGUGGGCAUUAAAGUGCAAUAAGAACUGCCUUAAAGCCUAUUUCCUGAUGGGGAAGGCUCACCUGGCCCUGCAGCACUUCACUGAGUCCAGGCAGUGCUACGAGAAGAUGCUGCAGAUUGACCCCCAGAAGGAAAACCUGUUCAAAGAGUGCGUGGACGAGGCCAGGCUGGAGGAGAAGAGGCUGAUGGAGGAGCAGAGGGCAGAGAGGGAGCUGCAGGCUGGGAGUGAGGCUGCUGUGUCCGUGCAGGAAUUGCUGCAGAGCAUCCAGGAAUUGCUGCAGAGCACCAGCAGCCCUGGCCACCCCAUCCCCUACUACACAGGGGCCGUCAGGCUGCUGGCAGCAGCUGUCAACAGCUCACUGCUCAGGAAGAGCAGGAGCCUGCCUGGCUGUCACACAGCUGAGCUGUUUGUCCUGCCUCUUCCAGGCACCGGGCAAACGUUCUUCAGGACAAACAAUGGCUUCAGUAUCCUGAGGAACGAGGCUGUCAGAGGGGCCUUCUGUGCAGGGAGCAAAAGCCCUGCCGAGGUGGAGCUCUGUGUUUCCCUUCUCCUGCUGUGGCAAGCUGCCUGUGCUGGGAAUGAAGAAAAUCAGCGUCUCCUGCUGGCCCAGCCCGAGGUGGGGGCCCAGCUGCCAGAGCUGCUCUCCUGUGGCACAGCCCAGAUCCAGAGGGAGACCUUGGCACUGAUCUCUCUCUACUCUGAGCACGAGGAGGGCCGGAGGCUGCUGGGCAAGCAGGACCUGAGCAGAUGGCUGCAGAUUUUGAUGGCAUUUGUCAAGUGCACUGAUGCAAGGGCUGAUACUGCCAUGAACAUCCUGUGUGACUUAACUGGGGAGGAAAGGUUCCAAAGCCAGUGUCGGGCCACGUUUUCCACGGGUGUUUUACCUUUAUUCACCCAGCUGCUGGAUGGGUGUCCUGAUGCCAGCCCUGCCUACCAGCAGUGUGUGUUUGCAGUGCUGGGACUGAUGAUGAACCUGCUGCUUGAAUCCAAUGGCACCAUCCAGGAAUUUGCUGUGCCCAUCAGUGGCAGGUGCCUGGCUCUGCUCAGCCAUCAGGACGGAAGGAUUGUCACAAGAGCCACGGGAGUGCUGAGCCGUGUCCUGCCAGCGUCCCCCUCAGCCGUGGAGGAGGUGGUGAAAGGAGGAGUGGUGAAGAAAAUGCUCAAAUUCUUGAAAGCUGGGGGACAGCUCACAUCCAGCUAUGCCAUAAAGACCCUCGCCACCUGCACCAAGAGCAGCAGCAGAGCUCAGGAAGAGCUGCUCAAGGGGGACAAAAGGUUCCAGGUGCUGCUGAGGCUGCUGCAGGCAGGGGAUGAGCUGACGGUGGGCAAUGCAGCUUUCUGCCUCAGCCAGUGCCUGCUGCUGCCCGGGGCUGCCUCGUCCCUGCUGGGCUCCAGCGUGGUGCAGCUGCUGCUCAGGCAGGCUGGGGGUGAUGCUCUCAGGAGCUCGGUGCAGCAGAACUCAGCCAUAGCCCUGGGCAGGCUCUGUGUGGCUGAGCCAAGGCACAUCCAUCAGCUGAGGAAGCUCAAUGGCCUGGCCAUCCUGAACUCCUCCAUGAAAUACGUGCACAGCAGCUGAACUCCUCAGAGCCCCUCCACAAGUGCCCUUCCUCUCACUGCUCUUGAGUUUUC